AUGACUGCAAAGGGAUCCCCAGAUGCUGACACCAUCAUCUACUUCACCAAGCCUGUGGGCACUGGCUCAGACCUACCUGCUGGUAAGCUUGUAGAGUUCCUGGUGGGCUUCACAAACAAUGGGGACAAAGACUUCAUCUUGGAUGCCAUUGAUGCCUCCUUCCGUUACCCUAUGGACUUUAACUUCUACAUCCAGAACUUUACUGCCAUCCCCUACAACCGUGCUGUUAAGCCACGUCAGGAAGCCACAGUUAUGUACUCCUUCUACCCUGCCGAAGCCUUUGCUGGUCGUCCCCUUGGCUUGACUGUCAACCUUGCCUACCAUGAUGCUGAUGGCAACGUGUUUGUUGAUCCAGUAUUCAACCAGACUGUGAACAUUGUUGAGGUCGAUGAGGGAAUGGACGGAGAGACAUUCUUCCUCUACAUCUUCAUGCUUGCCUUUGCUGUGCUGCUGCUUGUGGCUGGCCAUCACUUUCUCUCCUCAUUCGGUCGCAGGCGAGGUGGCAAGAGGCACACCGUUGAAAUGGGUACCAAGAAGAGCAACAGUGUUGACUAUGACUGGCUACCCAAGGAACUCCUCAGUGAGAUCAAGAAGAGCCCACGUCAGUCUCCCAGGCAGCGGAAGGCAGCCCGUGAAACUAAUUCUAAGUAAGCCUAUGGAGUUGACCUCGAAGGACACCCAAGUAGCUGUCCUAGAGGAAGAUCCUGAUGAACAGCAGAGUUACCAUCAUUCCUGCUGUGAAAUGAGUGGAAGGCGGCACCCACCAAUUCCCGUGGUGGAGAGCCCAGGUGAUUAUCCACUCUGGGUCAUGAUUUCUCUUGACCAAGAUGUGUGGCUCUUAUUGAUGAAAUGUAUGUUUUUUUCGUCUGACAAUCAAAACCUUGUCCAUGUCUGGCCACCAGAAACACUGAGAAACAACUGUAAGCAAGAUGACAUAGGAAUUACUAUACUAACAGCCCCCAGAGUUAUCUUCAGGUAAGGUGACUAACAACGGGAAAGGUCCACAUUAACACUGUGCUGUUAGACGUCAUAUCGAAAGAUUCCUUUGGGGGCAGAAUUUCAGCAUUCUUUGGUUGUGGAUGUUUGCUGUAAAAGAAAAAUGGAAGUAAUGUCUUUGUUGCUAUUUAUGUACGAAAGAAAGCAGAUGGACCAAUAAAACUUGCUGAAUCAGUGUUCAUUG